UGAUGCUUAGGGAUUUCUUGACCGUACGGUCAAUGGAUAGAUAAGACGGUCGCAAACAAGGAGUGCUCCUUGCUAAAAAUAACUCUGGAAGUUUCUAGAUAUUUCUAGACGUUUACCCAAGUUUCAAGCAUUGAAUAUCUUUCCAAAUGGAAAUUUUGUAAUGUAAAAUUACCAUUAAUUUUCAUUCAUUAUAACAUCAUCAGUCAUUGUAUUCUGCAUCUAAAGUCUUUAAAGACAUUAAAAAGCCCUGUUAUGUUAGUUGUGAUGUUAGAAGGAGAAUUGUUUUCUUUUUGUCAAUCAAGUUGAAGAAAUUUGCGUGUAAUUUGGUUGCCUCUUCAAACAGCUCUUGUCGUGAUCGUUAAGAACGAACAAAUUGACAUAAAAUGUGUUUCGUGUUUGACGUGCAUUGUUUGCAAGUUAUAAAAAGGCUUUAACAUACAGGUAACGUUAGCUUCUUGUACCGCCCUUUCUAAAUUUCAAGAGGUUGGGCACUGAUUCUAAUUUUGCUGAUUGCCGACCGUAGAUAAAAUUAUUUAAAUGGGUACUUCUAAGCACUUUUUUCCAUAGUAUGUGCUGUUUUGCAGGUCUUAAUGUUAUAAAACCUUGGCUUACCAGUAUCAAUACUCAAGUUAUGACGAGAGGUUUCAACAGAUCUUAUCAUGGUGCAUAUAGAUCUGUUAUUAUCUGUUUUACAACUUAAUUGAACCGUAUAGGGUAAAGUUACUAGCAAACGAUCACAACUACAGCUAACAUUAAUUUACAGUUACUGCUCUGUUGUUGUUGUUUUUUUGUGUCAGGCUUCACUUGGUCAGUAGCCAACAUCGAGAUGUGGAUGCCACAUGAAUGAUUACGUAAACCUUAUUGCACAACAAUUAAACAUGGCUGACGUAGGCAUUUUCUGCUUAAGUUACACAACAACAACCAUUAUCUUCUACAUUGAAUGAAGUUUCACACGUAACGUUCGAGUCAUACGUUUAAAAUGUCUUAUUACAUCACGUAUCCGACUUCCGUAAGUGGCAGAAGCAGGCCGGGACUUUGGUGUUUGACCGUUGACCAUCACAUGUCUUCUGUACUGGCUAUUAGUCAUUAAUCACGAGUUGUUGUGCAAGAGCAAAGUACAUCUAAGUCAGCAAGACUUGAACAAACAAAAAUACAUUCUAGAUCAACGGUUAUUCAGCUAAAGGUGUCUUUGAUGGCCCGUCACGGCAUAGUGUACUGAUAAGGUUAUCUUUGAAAAUAAAGUUUUAAUUAAGUUUUAAUCUUUUUACAAGACAUGUACAUGGCAAUUUUAUUUAAAAAAAGCAAAGGUAAAAAAUCACACAAACAACAACAAAAAGAGGAACGUGGGCGGACAUAUUGUUGUUUAUUACGAAACAACUUACGCAAAAUAGGAAUUUUUACGUAAAACAAAAUGCACCUGAAAGCCUCUUCUAGUCCACAAGGAUUCUACGAUAUUUUUUCUAUGAUAUUUUUUUCAUCCCUAUAUGCAAUGGGGGAUACGAAAUAUGUUAGCACAAUCAUAAGCAAGGAAGAUGAUACAAACGUUAUAAGAUAGAAAAGCUGAGAGAAAAGACUCUAUGAUACCCUUCCCGUCUACUAGUAAUGCUGACCAAUGCUGGUCCGGACUUUGCUAGUUUAGUAACUACUGUAAAUGCAGCCCCUCUAGGUGUGAAUUGACAGAGUUUAUGUGGCCCAAACUCGGUCAAACUCAGACUUGUUGUUGGCACAACUCCCUGGCAUAUCGCAUUUCAACAUGCGCUAUAAAUAUGUGGGCGGCCUCUCCACGUUGUUGCUCUGUCUUCUCAUGGGUUUGACGGCGUCCAAAGACCAGCCGCCCGAGGAACAACAGUGCGUCGCCAUGCCGAACCUGGUGUCGGUAGAGUACGAAAUACACGGCAACGUGCAAGGUGUGUUUUUCCGCGCGUACACAGAGGAGCAGGCCAGUCGGCUGGGGCUGGUAGGUUGGGUGAGGAACACCCGCCGGGGUACAGUGGAUGGUGUGGUGCAGGGACGGCGGGAACAGGUCAAGCAAAUGAAACAGUGGUUAGAGUUCACUGGAAGCCCGAUGUCCCGGAUUGAGAGAGCAACGUUUAGAAACGAGAAAGACAUCAGCAAGUUGGACUUUGACAGAUUCAAAAUAACGUACUAAAGCCAUACAGACAAUCACACAUCGUCAGUUUAAGUCAAAAGGUGCCUAAGCAUUUUGUCAGGAGCCCUUCAUAGAAUCCGUACAUUUUGAACGCAACUUGUUGUUGGCAUCCAUUGUCUCGGGGGACAAAGGUAGGCAGACAAUUACUCACCGUCGUGGGCCAGACGACCAGUCUGCCUGGCCUGCACAAGGUGAAGGAGGGGUGUGCACUUCCUUCUCUACCCUCUCGUCUACUGACGCACUUGAAACCGAAGUAAUGUAUUCAGUCGCUUAUAUGGCCCACUGGGGACUG